AUGGCACAGCAGGAAAACCAGCUCGACCCAGUUAAAUUCUCUUGUUCCAUCUGUUUGGAUCUUUUAAAGGAUCCGGUGACUGUUCCCUGUGGACACAGUUACUGUAUGAAGUGUAUUAAGGACUUCUGGGAUGAAGGAGAGAAGAAACUCCCCAGCUGUCCUCAGUGUCGACGCACGUUUAUUCCGAGGCCUGAGCUGCUGAAAAACACCAUGUUAGCUGAUUUAAUGGAGGAACUGAAGAAGACUGGACUCCAAGCUGCUCCUGCUGAUCACUGCUAUGCUGGACCUGAAGAUGUGGCCUGUGAUGUCUGCUCUGGGAGAAAACUGAAAGCUGUCAAGUCCUGUUUAUUCUGUCUGGCCUCUUACUGCCAGAAACACCUUCAACCUCACCGUGAUUCAUCUACAUUCAAGACACACCAGCUGGUGGAUCCCUCCAAGAACCUGCAGGACAACAUCUGCCCCCGUCACGGUGAAGUGAGGAAGAUGUUCUGUCGUACUGAUCAGAAGUGUAUCUGCUAUCUCUGCUCUGUGGAUGAACAUAAAGGCCACGACACGGUCACGGCUGCAGCAGAAAGGACGGAGAGGCAGAGAGAGAUGGAGGUGAGUCGACAACAAAUCCAGCAGCAGAUCCAGGACAGAGAGAAAGAUGUGAAGCUGCUUCAGCGGGAGGUGGAGGCCAUCGAUCAGUCUGCUGAUAAAACAGUGGAGGGCAGUGAGGAGAUGUUCACUGAGCUGAUCUCUCUCCUCCAGAAGAGGAGGUCUGAGGUGAAGCAGCAGGUCAGAUCCCAGCAGGAAACUGAAGUGAGGAGAGUCAGAGAGCUGGAGGAGAAGCUGCAGCAGGAGAUCAGGGACCUGAAGAGGAGAGACGCUGAGAUGAAGCAGUUCUCAGACAUCGAGGACCACAACCAGUUCCUCCACAGCUGCCCCUCACUGCCACCACUCAGUCAGUCCACACACUCCUCCGGCAUCAGCAUCCGUCCUCUCAGGUACUUUCAGGACGUGACAGCAGCCGUGUCAGAGGUCAGAGGUCGACUACAGGACAUCCUGAGAGACACGUGGACAAACGUCUCACUGGCCGUCGCUGACGUGGAUGUUUUACUGCCCAAAGACCCAACGAGCAGAGCUGGAUUCCUGAAGUAUUCAUGUGAAAUCACUCUGGAUCCAAACACAGUACACACACGGAUGUCACUGUCAGAGCAGAACAGAAAGGUGACUCGGAUGAACCAACCUCAGUCUUAUUCUGGUCAUCCAGACAGAUUCAGUUAUUAUUCUCAGGUUCUGAGUAGAGAGAGUCUGACUGGACGUCAUUACUGGGAGGUGGAGACAGCAGGUUAUGUUGAUGUAGCAGUUUCAUACAAGAAUAUCAGCAGAUCAGGGGGGGAAAGUGGAUUUGGAUUUAAUGAUAAAUCUUGGUCACUAGAUUGUUCCUCAGGCAGUUAUAUAUUCAGGUACAACAACAUCAGCACCUCCAUCUCAGGUCCUGCUUCCUCCAGAAUAGGAGUUUACCUGGAUCACAGAGCAGGAGUUCUGUCCUUCUACAGCGUCUCUGGAACCAUGACCCUCCUCCACAGAGUCCAGACCUCCUUCACUCGGCCGCUGCACGCUGGAGUCAGGAUUAUCUGGAAUACUGGAGACUCAGCUGAGUUCUGUAAACUCAAAUAAGAUAAACGAGUUUCCUCUUCAUGUUUUUAUUGAUUUUCUUUUCUUCUCAGAGACGAUUGUUAGGAUAUUGGGCAUUAUAAGGCUCAUGCACAUCUUCACACACCCUGCAUACACUGUUUGUUUAUUAUUUGGCAGAUUGGCACUGGGUCGAUACGUCACAAGGGGGCGCGGCUAUAUAACGUCAUCACCCGCUGACGAGGAGAGAAUUGUUUGAACCAGGUGGCGGCUGGCGUGUUUUGUGUGGUAUGCGGGUCGGGAGUCACUGACGUUACGAUUCACACGGAGGCCAAUACUCAACCGGUAGCUGAUAGUUGUGCACACGGUGAGAGGAGCGGAGCUUCGUGUAUGGAAUGUUAUUAUGACUGAGACGCGUGCGGCAUCGGAGACGUGCAGCGACAGAGAGAUGGACAUAUGACGAAAAACAUAAAAAACUCCUACGGGAAAAAAAAAGGAUAAAACUGAAAACGUAAUAAAAAGAAUCCGGAGCGGGAUUGGAUAUCCGCAUCUGAACUGAACCUAACCAGCACCUCGCUUCGGCUGCGCCGGCCAACGACUGUGCUGGCCGUUGCCAGCAGGUGAGUGGACAGGUUCUGUUAUUGUGGAACGGUGCCGGGUUUUUGUUGUUUAUUUUAGUUUGACACGCACACACACACACAUACAUACAUUUCAGGUCAAGGUUAUGUCCUACUUAACGGGG